AUGUCCUCAGCAGUAGCAACCUCGAGUUUGUCCACCGCGGCCAUCGUCCAAGUCCUGAAGCAGCUCUUGACACGAUCCAAUAUCGCCAAGGUCCUCGGCACCUACCUGGUCUACCUCACGCUCAAGUACCGCAAUACCGCAUAUGGUGUCCGUACUCGCACAGAUCUUCCUGGUCCCAUGGGCCUCCCCUUCCUCGGAAACACCUACCAGAUGGUCUUGCCCCGCAACGAGCUUCUCCAGCGACAAACCGCCAACCAUGAGAAGUAUGGUCCCAUCUACACGAUGACCAUUCCCGGUGUUGGGCGUAUUGUCAAUAUCUUGGAUCCCGAUAUGAUCGACCAUGUGCUUCGUGUAAACUUUUGGGCGUAUGAGAAGGGUCCUUUCUUGCGCACCCAACUCGGACCACUUGUCGGUGGAGGAAUCUUUGGCGCGGAUGGACAUCAAUGGAAGUGGCAGCGCAAAUUGGCCUCACACAUCUUCAACGUCAAGAGCUUCAGGUCCUACACAAGCACCGUCUUUUGCAAGGAAGCCGACUUGGUCAUUGACUACCUCAACACUAAGGCCGAUCGCGGAGAGGUCGUGGAUCUGCAGGAUGUCUUCUACAAGUACACCCUGGAUUCGUUUGGAGAGAUUGCAUUCGGACAGUCAUUCGGAUGCCUCGACAAACCUGGAGAGGAAGUCCCCUUCGCAGCAGCAUUCGACCGCCUCAAUCAAACCCUUUCCGAACGAUUCCUCUCACCCAUGUUCAGCAUCAUCUCCUGGUACAAGGGCCACGUCAACACCAUCAACCGCGACAGCAAGAUCGUCAGCGAUUUCACAUACGAGAUCAUCCGACAGCGCCGCGAGGAAGGUCACAGUAAGGAUCACAAGGACCUCAUGCAGUUGUUCAUGGAGGCUCAGGACGAGAACGGCGAGGCGCUCACGGACGAGAUGCUCAAGGACACGAUGAACAACUUUAUUCUGGCUGGUCGUGACACUACAGCCCAAGCACUCUCCUGGAUGUUCUAUCUGAUCCACCGCGACUCCGCCGACAAGACUGUGUUGCAGAGUCUCAGAGACGAGACGGAGCAAGUUCUUCAAGGCACCCUCCCAACAUACGAGUCGACCAAGCAGCAAAAGUUUGCUGAGGCUUGCUUCUAUGAGGCCCUGAGAUUGUACCCCUCGGUGCCCAAGAACAUAAAGACCUGUGUUGAGGACGAUAUCUUGCCAGGUGGUAUCCCUAUUUACAAGGGUGAGAGAAUCGGAUGGAGUUCGUAUGCUAUGGGCCGCAGCACGGCUGUCUGGGGACCUGAUGCCAAGGAGUACAAGCCUGAGCGCUGGCUUUCUGGCGAGAAGCCUUCUCAGUCCAAGUUUGUUUCCUUCCACCUUGGACCACGCACAUGGUAA